UUACAGAACUGCUGAUUUUGGCCCAUAAUUGCUUUAGUUUGACUUGCCACAUGGAAGGAAUCACUAGAGUCCUCCAAGCAGCGCGGCUUCUCACAGACGAACAUCUGGCACCUAACGAAGAGUACGGACUCUUGGUUCGUCUUCUCACUGGAAUUGGCAGAUACAAUGAAAUGACCUACAUAUUUGAACUGCUGCAUGAGAAACACUACUUUGAAGUGCUCAUGAGGAAGAAAUUAGACCCGAGCGGGACAUUGAAGACGGCUCUGCUGGAUUACAUCAAGCGUUGUCGCCCAGGGGACAGUGAAAAGCACAACAUGAUCGCCCUCUGCUUCAGUAUGUGUCGAGAAAUUGGAGAGAAUCAUGAGGCUGCGGCUUGCAUACAGCUCAAACUCAUUGAAUCUCAACCGUGGGAGGAGUCUCUUCAGGAUGUUGCAAAUCUGAAGAAACUGCUGAUGAAAGCUCUGACUCUCUUUAUUGAUGCAGCAGAAAGUUAUUCUAAGGACUCCUGCAUCCGCCAGUCCUUGCGCUGCAGUCGGCUAACAAAGCUGAUAACCCUCCAGCUGCAUUUUCUCAACGCUGGUCAGAGCACUAUGCUGAUCAACCUGAACAGACAGAACCUGAUGGACUGCAUCAUGUCCUUGCCUAGAUUCUAUCAGGCAGCUAUUGUGGCGGAGGCUUACGAGUUUGUUCCAGACUGGGCUGAAGUUCUGUAUCGACAAGUGAUCGCCAAGGGAGACUUCACUUACUUGGAAGAAUUUAAACAACAAAGACCCCUGAAGCCUAGCAUAUUUGAGGAGAUUGCUAAGAAAGUUAAACACCACCCACCUACUGAUGCUGCUCUGAAAAACCUGAAGAAAUUGCUCACUUACUGUGAAGAUAUCUACACAUACUACAGACUGGCUUACGAUAACAAGUUCUACGACGUGGUAAAUACGCUUCUGAAGGAUGCACAGACUGGCUGUUGUCUAAACGAUAUGUUAGCAAACUAG